ACCAGGUAUGGCUUGGACCGUGUUGGUGUGUGCUUUACUACGACCAUUUUCCUCCUUGUAAUGCGCUCUCUCAUGCUCUGACUCUUAUGGGAUAAACCACAUAUGACUGGCAAAGACCGGCAAGAGCUGUAGAUAAGAGAAAAGAGGACGGGUGUGGUUAAUAAUGGUUAACGAUAUGAGUUCCAAUUCAGAACUAUUGUAAAAUCUGAUUCUUAAGAUUAAUUUUAAUUGUGCUGAAAUGACUUUAGAAAAUUUUAUAUUUAUGGAAAGAUUUAAAUAACAAAUACAAGAGAGGGAAUCAAAUGACAGAAAAAACCUUCAGAAGCUGUAGUGUUAAGUAAUGUAGAUACAGUAUAAUUGAAAACAUUAAAUAGUGUUUAAACAAUGCAAGUUGACAUUGCACAUAAAUGUUAAUGUUGUGUUUUUAUGUAGAUAUCAGUGUGAAAUAUGAAAUCCAAUUUAGUGAAGGUGCUAAGACCAAUCUUCAUUCAAUGAAGUAGCCUUCAAGUUUUGUGGUUUGGCGAGGUGUGAGGCAGGUGUCCCAUGUGUGGGGUGGCGCGGGACAAGGCCGGUGAGAGUGACAUUGUGACCCCCCUGGAGGCAGCCAUGCCUCCAUCCAUCACAGUGGGAUCAGAUCCUCCCAAACCCACUGCGGGCCCGGGUGAUCACCCGCCUCCACAGGACCCGCCUACAAAUAAGGAUAUACCCACAAUUGAUCUGUCAUGCGACGAGAAUGAUGACCUGCAAAAGGCAAUUGCUCUCAGCCUGCAGGACCAGCAGGGUACCACCACCCUUCAGGGUGUGUCGGCUGAGGACCAGGAAGUCUCUCGGGCAUUGGAGGCCAGCUUAAAGGAAUCGCAACCCCAGGCUACCAUUGACCUUUUGAAUCCACAGGAACGUAAACGACAAGCUGGAGUUCCCGUGGGCCUUAAAAAUAUUGGCAACUCUUGUUGGUUUAAUGUUGUUAUACAGCCACUCUUUCAUAUCCCUGUGUUUCGGGACUUAAUUCUCAAUUUCUCUCAGCAUGGGGACACUGAGGAGCAGAUGGAGGAAACUCAAAAAUCUUCCCGACAGCUCGUUCCAGCUUUACGCAAGCUAUUUGCUUUAAUGAUUGGUUCAAACAGGAAGUACAUCGACCCUACUCAUGCUGUUCAUAUAUUUCAAGGGCAGGAAAUGAGAAAAAAUGCUCAGCAGGAUGUUUGUGAGUUCACCCACAAACUGUUAGAAAGGCUGGAGGAGGAGUUCCAGCAGCUGUUACGUCGGCAGGGAGUGGAGAAGGAGAGUUCUGGCUGCCAUGUCUCUAAGGAUGCAGACUUUGAUAAUCCAAUUAUGAAACUUUUUUAUGGUCAGUCGAAGAAGGAAAUUUGUGAUGAUGAUGAUGAUGGUCCUAAACAGGAAGCCUUUGGCCAGUAUCCCCUACAUGUAAUGAACUAUGUAGAUAUACAUGAUAGUAUCCUUGCAUCCAUGGCUAGCUGUAUGCCAAAUACUCUUGGAGAUGUAGUUGAACCUGUCCAACAGGAAACAUGGUUUAAGAUGUUGCCACCUGUCUUAAUUUUUUCUUUGUCUCGUUAUGAGUAUUCUCAUGAAAAGAAAAGAGCAGAGAAAGUUCAUAAUAAGUUUGAAUUUCCUGAAUUCUUGUAUAUGGAUCGUUAUAUGGAAAUGAAUAAGAAGAUAAUUAAAGAGAAACACAUAAAGGUAGCCAAACUGAAGGGAGAGUUGAAUUGUCUUAAAAAGACUUUAGAUAGAUAUCAGAAGUAUGGUACCGGUGAAGCCAAAUAUCCAAUUGGCGAUAUUCUCAAAUAUACUCUUGAUUUUGCACAGACUGGUCUAAGCCCAGUUCAGGAAGCAGAGGCAAAUUCUGUUCCAUCUCCAUCCAUGAUGGAAGUUGAUGGUGUUGAAACCUGUGAAAAUGACAUAGAGAUGGUUGAUGUCCCAGAAGUGAAAAAAGAACAAAUUGAGGAACGUGACACAGAAAAGGAGAACAAGGCAAACUUGAUAAUAAAGGGAGAGGAAGCUGUGAAUGAUUUGAUAUUGAAGGAAGAAUUGGUGGAGGACAAUUUAAUAGUGAAGGAAGAAUCGGUAUCAAAUAACCUCUGCACUAAUGAGAGGGAGGCAGACGAGGAGCCCCAGCAGAUGCCGUCCCCAUCCAAAAGAAUGAGGAUACUGCCGCCAGCACCACGAAAUAUUACCACUUCUGAAUUGUCCAUUUUACAUUCUUGUCUUUCCCGAUGGCUCCAGGACAUCAAUUUACAAGUCGCAGAACUCCGACGAUGUAUUAGUGAGCUUGAACAGCAGUUAAAUCAAAUGUACGAUGAACCUUACCUUAAAAGGAUUCCAUAUAGGUUACAUGCUGUUGUAGUUCAUGAAGGGCAGGCAUCUGGGGGUCACUAUUGGGUUUAUACAUUUGAUAACAUAAAUAAACUCUGGAUGAAGUUCAAUGACAUUCAGGUCGUAGAGUCAGACUGGGAUGAGCUCUUACAGGACAGUGUGGGUGGCCAGAAUAAUGCCAGUGCGUACUGUCUCCUCUAUAUUGAUGAGAGCCGCUAUAAUUCACUAUUUCCUCAGGCCCCAGAGAACAUGGAAACUAUGAUGGCUAAUAUUGCUAUUGACCUGCAGGAGUAUGUUAAGAAUGAUAAUUUGGCAUUUAUGAGGGAAUUGGAGGAAUGGGAUUUGAAGCAAGAGAAAAGUGACCAAGGCAAGGAUCCUGUAGGAGCAUCACAAGACCAACAAAGUGGCAGUAGUUCAUGGGAUAAUAAUAUGCCAUUGGUCCCAGUUACAGCACCCAACUCUCCUGAUAUCAUAUGUGUUCAUGAGUCUGAUGAAGCAAGUUUUUUCACUGAAGUUCAGACAAUGCUCACUCAAACUGUUCUUGAUACCCUUAUGAAAAAAGACGAAAAUGCAUUACAAAGAGAGUGUGGGACUGUGUUGAAUACCAUAUUGAUUAGUGAAUUUGAACGCCUUCAGAGUUUUGCUGAUGCAAAAUCUGAGGGUAGUCCUUAUUGUGACCCCUCAAUUUUAGACUUUGGAGUUUACCUUAUUCGUAAUAACCAAAAUGUUGAUUCUCUUUUACGCUGGUAUGCAUGUGAGGUCAUCUUACAAGUAGCACAGAAAAUAAGUGAGAGCACACCUGUUGUGGAAAAAGUAGCACUUGAAGCUACACAAUGCUUACAACAGCUUCGUGAUCAGCACCAGCGCACCGAUGGGCCUGAGUACCGAGGCUGGCGAAGGCACUACCACACGCUCAUUGACUGUGCCUGGCAUCUAGUAUAUGGGUAUCAUCAAUUUGAAAAAGGUAAUUUAGAACGUGCUCUGCCCCUGUUACUGAGAGCCUGUCGUAUUCAUACAGAGUUGAAAGAGCGGCCACCAUCAGGCAAUAGGAAGACAUUGGAUAGGCAAGUGCUAUGGAAAUGCAGACAAGCUUGUUUGUUGGCUCUAAAUGAGCAGCUUGUAGAAGCAUUUCUAAAUGGAGAGGAACAACAGGUAGGGGACAUUCCAGGAAAUGUAACUUCACUUAUUGUUCCAGCUUUGGCUCAGUUAAAUGCCAGUGGUGUGGAAGAAGACAAGGCUACAAUAGCUGAGGUUCGCGCUCACUGGUGUGAGCUAUUAGAAAGAGAUAUAAGUCCACCUGCCAAGAACAAGAUGCUUGAACACAUAUUUGAUGCAGUACUAUGUUUAGUGGAUGAAACCAAGGGAAUAAUGCCACUACAGAUUCCUCGCCCUCCAACUGUCCUCAUACUGUAUAAGCAGUAUGUCGAUGCUUGUAAUGCUAUCAUGACAGCUUCAAGUAAAUGUAAGGCACAGACGAGUGAUUUGUGAGAU